UCUGGUUAUUUAAGCUGAUCAUAAGAUGGAUGUUUCGCAAGGACGAUCACCGGAAUUCACCCGAUUCUCUUUCUGUGAGCAAACAACCCAAAUCCUGGUAUCGCUGUAGUGUUUGUGGGACAUCUCGAAAAACACCAGACAGGAAAUUUUUCAGAUUUCCUAAGGAUCCUAUUAGAUCAAAACAAUGGGCUCCCGCAUGCAGUAAUCAAGACUUGUUAAAUAUAUCACCAACUAAUUUGUAUAAAACUGCACUAAUAUGUUCGUCACACUCCAAAGAUCAUGAUUACUGUUCACCAAAGAUGCGAUAUUUACAUUCCUGUGCAGUGCCGACAAAAUUUGAACAAACAGGUAUCUACAAUGUUUACUGUUAUUAUUUCAAUAUGCUUAACAAUAGUGCCAUCUAAGAAAUAACUCAUCAAUAAUAGUGGAUCACCUGUCAUGUUAUGCUCAAAGAAUACUGUGCAACAAAAUUGAUGGUUUGGAUCGCCUGUCAAGACUUGUUAAAUAAAUCACCAACUGAUUUGUAUAAAACUGCACUAAUAUGUUCGUCACAUUUCAAAGAUCACGAUUACUGUUCACCAAAGAUGCGAUAUUUACAUUCCUGUGCAGUGCUGACAAAAUUUUGAACAAACA